AUGGAAGAUGAAACAAGUCGAACAACCAAUGUCAGUGGAAGCGCACCUGUCAGUGGAAGCACACCUCUUACUGAGUCUCUUGAUUCAACACCGGAAGUUGAACAACAUCCAGUGAUUGUGAAGAGGAAAGCUAUAGAACCAAGAUCUGCUGCUUGGCCGCAUUAUGAUAAGCUCAUAGAAGAUGGAAUUAAUAAAGCAAAGUGCAAGUAUUGUGAUGGAAGUGUUGCAGGUGUACUUGAAAGUGAUGAUUGGCAAAAGGUGAGAAAUAUGGUAAUAUUUCUUAAAAGGUUUUAUGAUCUAACUGAGAAGGUUUCAGGUUCACUCUACGUCACUUCUAAUGGUCACUUUGAAGAUAUAGUUGAGCUUCACAAUCAUUUAAGAGAGUGUAUGGAAGACGAUGAUCCUUCUUUGGCAAAAAUGGGAGAAAAAAUGAAAGAAAAGUUUGUCAAGUAUUGGGGUGCUCCUGAAAAAAUGAAUAAAGUGCUUUUUAUUGCCUCUAUCUUAGAUCCUCGUAACAAACUUGAGUAUGUUGGCGACGCACUUGAGGAUAUGUUUGGAGAUGAAAAGGGGAGUGAAAUAAAAGAUAAAGUGGUGACUUAGAUGAAAUCUAUGUUUGAAGAGUAUGUAGCAAAAUUCUCUAAUGCAUCUCGACGCACAUCUUCUCUCUCUGAUUUAUCGGGUCAGACAUCAGAUUCAUCUAGCUCUAGCACUACAACAAAAUCAGCAAAAGUGAGAAAUAGGAUCCAAAUGAAGAGGAACAAACAAGAUGGUACGGGUUUGGGUGGUAAGUCGGAGUUGGAAAAGUAUCUUAGUGAAGAACUAGAGCGAAUGAUGAUGAGGACAAUUUUGAUAUCUUGUCAUGGUGGAAAGCUCAUUCUCCUAGAUAUAAAAUUCUUUCCGAGAUGGCUCGUGAUGUGUUGGCAAUUCUAAUUUCUAGUGUGGCAUCGGAAUGUGCCUUUAGCACGGGGGCCGUAUUCUUGAUUCAUUUAGGAGUUCUUUGAAUCCAAAAUUGGUCCAAGCUGUUAUUUGUCUUCAAGAUUGGCGUCGAAAUGAGCCUUAUCCCAUAAAUGUUGAAGAAGAUUUUAAUGAUCUUAUGAAACUUGAACUUGGUAUGUUUUUCAGUUUUUGUAUUUUAUUUUUAUAUUUUUUUACUUAGUUUAAUUGUUGACACAUUUUAAAUUCUUUUUAGAUAUGGCUGAUAGCUCAAAAGAUUCCCUCGUUCUUGAUUUGUAAUCGCAAGAUGC